AAUAGGAAAUUGAUGACAUAUUGAAACAAAUCUGAUGGGAGGAACUCUAGAGAGUAGAGACAAGAGGGGGUCACCCUCCGUGGACUCUGAUUUCAAAGGAAACACUUGUCCUUGUCCUUCCUCUGCAGUCUUUUUCAUGUUCCAACUCAAGAGUCUGUGAAGCUAGUUUGGUUUUCGCAUAACAAAUUAAACUCUCAACUUUCCAUCACAAACCUAAGAAGCACUUGUCAAGAUGCCCUCUUCUGCUCAUGCUCAUGGCCUCAUCAUCAUCAUCUCUCUCAUUUUUGUGUUUAUUUUUUUACCCAAUGUGAAUCAGGCAAAUGGUGGUGCAGCUUCCAUGCAGAUGGUGAUGAAUGAGAGCAGAAGAAAGUUGGGAAGCUUCCAGAUAUGUGCACUAUGCACCUGCUGUGGUGGAGCAAAAGGGAUCUGCUUGCCCUCUCCCUGUUGCUAUGCCAUCAAUUGCAACAUUCCCAAUAGACCUUUUGGCUUUUGUUCCUUCACCCCUAAAACCUGUAAUUGCUUUGAAUGCCAUCUUUAAUGCUUUCUCUUGCAACUUUCCUAGUGUCAAUCCCAGAAUAUUGGGCUUAAUCAUAAUUUUUUACCUUAAUUUCAAUCAACAUACUAAUUCAGGUGUUAUGUUUUGUGGGGGUUGGAAUAGGACAGUUAAGCCAAAGUUACAAACCUGCUAUGUUUGUAAUAGGUUUUGCUGGUUGUUUCAUAAUGGAUCAUGUAUCAAUGCAAUGAGCCUUGGUAUGUGUAUUUUUUUCUCUUUUCUAUGUGUUUUAUGAUGCUGAUACCAACGUUUCUGUAAUGUUAAAUUAAUAAAGCAUGGAUAGUGCACA